UCUCCUCAUUAUGGCGGAGAAUGGAUUGUCUCUUCUAUUCAAAUUCAUGUUUUGUGUCUUGAUGCUGGUAUUUUAACCCAGAAUAGAUUUCGUUUUACUUAAAGCACACUUCGUUUUACUUAAACCACACUUCGUUUUAAGUCAUGGCAGACCGUGGCGUGGAUUUCUCUGGUAUACCGAAAGAGCUUCGAGACCAUUUGGCAGAGUUGGAAUUGGAGCUAUCGGAAGGUGACAUCACACAGAAGGGCUAUGAGAAGAAACGAGCCAAGCUGCUGGCCCCUUUCCUCCCUCAGAUCACCAGUGUGGAUCUGCCUCUCCCAGACGUCCAGCAGCAGUCGUCCUCCGGCCCUACCAGUGGUGAGCCCAGCCCUGCCAGCUCGGACCGUAGCCCUGCCAGUCCUGAGGCCUCUGGCCCCUCUUCUUCCUCCGGGGGCCGCAGAAACCGCAGCGGGGGGGCAAGGGAUGACCGCUACAGAUCAGACAUCCACACGGAGGCGGUACAGGCAGCGUUGGCCAAACACAAGGAGGAGAAAAUGGCACUGCCCAUGCCCACCAAGCGCCGCUCUGCCUUCGUCCAGUCACCCGUAGACAACUGCACCCCUCCAGACACAUCGUCAGCGUCUGAGGACGAAGGUUCUCUGCGUCGCCAGGCGACUCUGAGUGCAGCGCUGGUCCAGAGUCUCCAGAGCCCAGACUACUGGAUCAACCGCUCAGUGCAGAGCUCCUCCACCUCCUCCUCUGCCUCCUCCACCCUGUCCCACGGGGAAAAUAAGACUCAGACGCAACCGCAGCCGCAGCCCACCUCAGCGCUGGCCGACAUACUGGCAAGCACACGCAUAGAGAACAGUGUCCCCCCAGAUGUGACGUCCUACACCCCUGAGAGGGGUUCAAGGGUGGACUCCAGGGUGGACCUGCCCCCCAAUGCUAUGUCCAGGGGGAUGCCCCGAGGACAGAGCCGCACCAGCAUGCUGGAUACCACCGCUGACGGAAAGCGAAAAGGUGUACCAGUGAACAGCCGUGUUUCCACUAAGAUCCAGCAGCUGCUGAACACUCUGAAGCGGCCCAAGAGACAAGCGCUCAGUGAGUUCUUCCUGGAUGACUCCGAGGAGAUCGUAGAGGUGCCCCAGCCGGACCCCAACACCCCCAGGCCAGAGGGCCGUCAGAUCAUCCCAGUGAAGGGGGAGCCCCUGGGGGUGGUCAGUAACUGGCCCCCGGCCCUUCAGGCAGCCCUGGCACGCUGGGGAGCCACACAGGCCAAGAGCCCUGCUCUCACCGCCCUGGACGUUACCGGGAAACCCCUCUACACUCUGACAUACGGUAAACUGUGGAGCCGCAGUCUGAAGCUGGCCUACACUCUGUUGAACAAACUGGGCACCAAGAACGAGCCUGUGCUGAGACCUGGUGAUAGGGUGGCGCUGGUGUAUCCCAACAGUGACCCUGCUAUGUUCUGGGUGGCCUUCUAUGGCUGUCUCCUAGCAGAGGUCAUCCCUGUACCCAUAGAGGUGCCACUGUCUAGACAGGACGCAGGCAGUCUUCAGAUUGGCUUCCUAUUGGGCAGCUGUGGGGUGGGCCUGGCCCUGACUAGCGAGAUCUGUCUCAAAGGACUGCCCAAGACACCCCAGGGAGAGAUCAUGCAGUUCAAAGGUUGGCCCCGUAUGAAGUGGGUUGUGACAGACACCAAGUACCUGACCAAGCCCUCUAAAGACUGGCAGCCCCACAUCCCCACCGCCAACACAGACACAGCUUACAUCGAGUACAAGGCCAGUAAAGAGGGGACAGUGAUGGGAGUAGCCGUGUCUAAGAUAGCCUUGUUGACACACUGCCAGGCCCUGACACAGGCCUGCAACUACUGUGAAGGAGAAACGUUGGUCAACGUGCUAGAUUGUAAGAAGGACAUGGGAUUGUGGCACGGGGUGUUAACCAGUGUGAUGAACAGGAUCCACACCAUCACUGUACCCUACGCUGUCAUGAAGGCCUGUCCCAUGUCCUGGGUGCAGAGGGUCCACAUACACAAAGCACGUGUCGCCUUGGUGAAGUGUCGUGACCUCCACUGGGCUAUGAUGGCUCACAGGGACCAGAGAGACACCAACCUGUCCUCCAUACGCAUGCUCAUAGUAGCCGAUGGAGCCAACCCCUGGUCCGUGUCGUCGUGCGAUGCCUUCCUCAACGUGUUCCAGUCUCACGGGUUAAAGCCGGAGGUCAUCUGCCCCUGUGCCUCCUCUCCUGAAGCCCUCACUGUGGCUAUCCGCAGGCCUGGUGCCCGUGGUGCAGCCCUCCCAGCCAGAGCCAUCCUGUCCAUGGGCGGUCUGAGUCACGGGGUCAUCAGGGUCAACACAGAGGAUAAGAACUCUGCCCUCACUGUACAGGACGUAGGCCAUGUCAUGCCUGGAGCUCUGAUGUGUAUCGUGAAGCCAGACGGCCCACCGCAGCUCUGUAAGACAGAUGAGAUCGGAGAGAUAGUGUUGAACUCCAGGGCUGGAGGAACCAUGUACUACGGCCUGCCUGGAGUCACCAAGAACACCUUUGAGGUGAUUCCCGUGAACCAGGCUGGAGCUCCGUUGGGAGAGAUCCUCUUCACUAGGACUGGCCUGCUGGGCUUCGUAGGGCCGGGCAGUCUGGUCUUUGUAGUGGGAAAGAACGAGGGGCUCCUGACGGUCAGUGGUAGACGACACAAUGCUGAUGACCUGGUGGCCACCGCCCUGGCCGUGGAGCCUGUUAAAACUGUCUACAGGGGGAGGAUUGCUGUGUUCUCAGUGACCGUGUUCUAUGACGAGAGGAUAGUGAUCGUAGCAGAGCAGAGGCCUGACGCCAGUGAAGAGGACAGCUUCCAGUGGAUGAGCAGAGUACUACAGGCCAUAGAUAGUAUUCAUCAGGUGGGUUUGUACUGUCUGGCCCUGGUCCCGGCCAACACGUUACCCAAGACCCCGCUGGGAGGGAUCCACAUCUCUGAGACCAAACAGAACUUCCUAGAGGGGAAUCUGCACCCAUGUAACAUCCUCCUCUGUCCACACACCUGUGUCACCAACCUGCCCAAACCACGACAGAAACAACCCGUUGGUGUGGGCCCGGCCUCUAUCAUGGUUGGUAACCUGGUAGCGGGGAAGAGGAUGGCCCAGGCUGCAGGCAGAGAGCUGGGCGUGCUGGAGGAAGAGGGCCUGGUCAGGAAGCACCAGUUUCUGUCUGAAGCCUUACAGUGGAGAGCCCAGACCGACCCUGACCACGUCCUCUAUGUGCUGCUCAACGCUAAGGGGGUAGCGGUGUGCACGGCCACGUGUAGUCAGCUGCAUAAGAGAGCAGAGAAGAUAACCUCAGCCCUGAUGGAGAGAGGAGGCCUCAACACUGGAGACAACGUGGUGCUGCUAUACCCCCCUGGCAUUGAUCUGAUAGCUGCCUUCUAUGGCUGUCUGUACGCGGGGGUGAUCCCUGUAACAGUGCGCCCCCCUCACCCCCAGAACCUGACUGCUACCCUGCCCACCGUCCGCAUGAUCAUCGACGUGAGUAAAGCAGCCUGUAUCCUAACCACCCAGCCCCUUAUGAGGAUCCUCCGGUCCAGAGAGGCUGCUGCCAGCGUCAACGUCAAGACCUGGCCCACUAUCAUAGACACAGACGACCUCCCCAGGAGGCGGCCCCCCCAGCUUUACAAGCCCCCCACAGCAGAGAUGCUGGCCUACCUGGACUUCAGUGUGUCCACCACAGGCAUGCUGACCGGGGUCAAGAUGUCCCACUCGGCGGUCAGUACUCUGUGUCGCUCCAUCAAGCUACAGUGUGAGCUCUACUCCUCACGCCAAAUAGCCAUCUGUCUGGAUCCCUACUGCGGCCUGGGCUUUGUACAGUGGUGCCUCUCCAGUGUCUACUCAGGUCACCAGUCCAUCCUGAUCCCUCCUAUGGAGUUGGAGGUGUCCUUGCCUCUGUGGCUGAGCACCCUGAGCCAGUACAAGAUCAGAGACACCUUCUGUUCCUACUCUGUCAUGGAGCUCUGCACCAAGGGCCUGGGAACGCAGACUGACGCACUCAAGGCGCGGGGUGUGAACCUGUCGUGUGUGAGGAGCUGUGUGGUGAUAGCAGAGGAGCGUCCCCGGCUGGCACUGACCCAGUCCUUCUCCAAGCUGUUUAAAGACCUGGGUCUCUCCCCCCGCGCGGUCAGCACAGCCUUUGGAUCCAGGGUGAACCUAGCCAUCUGCCUACAGGGAACUGCUGGACCAGACCCCUCCACCGUCUAUGUAGACAUGAAGUCCCUCCGCCAUGACAGGGUGAGGUUGGUGGAGCGAGGUGCCCCCCAAAGUCUUUCCCUCAUGGAGUCAGGCACUAUUCUUCCAGGGGUGAGGGUGAUCAUCGUGAACCCGGAGACCAGGGGACCGCUGGGGGAUUCCCAUCUUGGAGAGAUCUGGGUUCAGAGUCCCCACAGUUCCAGUGGCUACUACACCAUCUAUGGAGAGGAGAGCUUGCAGGCGGACCACUUCAAUACACGGCUGAGCUUCGGGGAGCCCCACACCCUGUGGGCCAGGACGGGAUACCUGGGCUUUGUCAAGAGGACCGAGCUACUGGGGUCCACCGGAGAUCGGCAUGACGCCCUGUUUGUGGUGGGCCAGUUGGAUGAGACGUUGGAGCUCAGGGGGCUUCGCUACCACCCCAUCGACAUCGAGACCUCUGUGUCCCGGGCACACCGCAGCAUCGCUGAGAGUGCUGUGUUCACAUGGACCAACCUCCUGGUUGUAGUGGCUGAGCUGGCCGGGUCGGAGCAGGAGGCCCUGGACUUGGUGCCUCUGGUCACCAACGUAGUUCUGGAGGAGCACCACCUGAUCGUGGGCGUGGUGGUUGUCGUGGACCCGGGCGUCAUCCCCAUCAACUCCCGGGGAGAGAAGCAGAGGAUGCACCUCCGGGACUCGUUCCUGGCCGACCAGCUGGACCCCAUCUACGUGGCCUAUAACAUGUGA